GUGUGUUAGCUAGUCCACGGGCAAGAGAGAGCCAGUUUCACUAUAUCGAGAAGAUUACAGAUUACCAGAGGAGAUGAAAAGUAUUUAUACUUCUCCAUGUGAGUCUUAACCUAAUCCAAUCUGACAAAGGAAACGAUUACAGACCAGGCCCAGAACUCGAACCCAAAUAACAUUGAGCCCAUGCACCGCAGACAGGAGGCGUUGCCCCUAGAUCCCACUCGCUGACCGGGCAGCGAGACCCCCAACUAUCAAUCGUAACGACUUAAUAGUCCAAUUCAAGUCACAUCAACACUAUACACAAACAACAUACAACCAGCAGUGUAGCUUAAUAUGAUGAACCCAAGUACCCAACAGCCUCUUGAAUCUUGAUUCCAGAUUUCUGAUCAGCAAUCAACCUCGACGGGAACUUGAUGCCUGGCCCAAUCUUCCGCCCAUUGGGCCUAAACCCAUAAAACAAGAAACUUUGAAUCCAUUGUAUAAAAGCCUGAAAGGCCAGUUGUCCGUUUCCAAGACGCGCCAUUUCUCCGGCAUACGCGGUCAAAUCGUCCGGUGAUUUUGAGUUCCCGCCGCGAGUUCGUCUUUCUCCCUCCCCCACUUCCUUCGUCUAGCUCCAGAACAAUGGCGGUAGCAGCACCGGCCUAUCUUUUUCUGUUCGCUUCCACUCUGGCAUCUCUCUUGGCUGUUACUUCUCAAGCUGAGCUACUCGCCGACGACAACAGCAGUAGCUUGAUCCGUCAAUUGCAAGAAGCCAAGCUCAAGCUCGCGCGACUAGGAUCUGAUUUCGAGCAUGUCGAAGCUCGAGACCGUAGACUUGAGGAGAACGGGAAAGAAAUCGAGGAGAUGGAAAAGGAGUUCGCUCAUCUUAUGGCUAUUCUCACGAACCUCAAGGAUGAACUAUUAGCUGGAGAUAGUGUCGUUAUUACGCUGGAGAAAGAGAUACGAGAUCUGUGGGAUAAGUUGAGGAAGAACGAGUUCGAUAUCCAGGUCUUGAUAUUGAAAGCUAAAGAAUCUGAUACGUCUCCGGAUACAGUUGCUUUACACCUUAAGAAGGCAGAAGAUCUCCUUGCAGAACGCUGGAUCUUGAUUCAUCAGUUUGAGCAGGCUCUUCAACUCAUUGAUAUGAGGCUAAUGGAAGCUCAAACACAAGCAAACUAUUCAAGGUCCCCAUUCUUGAAGUACAUGAAUGACCCGAAUGGAAAUAUUUCGAAAGCGAAGCGAUUUGGUGCAGAAUCUGGCUUAAGUUCCUACAUAUCCUCCAUGCUCGAGCAGUUGAAGAGACUCUACUCAACAGUCAAAGAGUUCCACUUCGAGUUGCAGAGUUUUGUCAGACAAAUAAUGGAACACUAUGAAUUCACCAAGUCCAUUGCCAACGACGAGGUAGUGUUUUUCCUGGCUUCUGUUUUGCUCGUGAUUCCUGUAAUAGGUGCAUGGAUCUUCCUAUCUGCUCACCUACUGUAGAGUCUGGUAAGGACUACUACUACUCCCUUCUACACUUUAGGAGAGAACUCAUACUUGUGGACUAAUUUUGCCAUGUAGAGAUGUUCCAGGCUAGAGUAAAACUUGAAGAUCCUUUUGUGCACAGCCAGCCUACGGCUUCUGAAUUUUGGAGCUUUCAAUCUUGUACUACACUAUAGAAUCACUGCCUCAUCUGAUGGAACGUAGGUAGCAAGUCAUCAGUGGCUUCAACUCAACUGUAAAGGAAUUCUGUGACUCUAUACGUAGUUAAAAGCACAUAUAAUACAUGUCAUGCGUACUUCGAAUGUUUCGAACUUUUGUACACGUACUACGGUUGAACUAUCUCAUUUUUCUAGUUCGGUUGACUUUUCUUUUUCGUUUACUGAGACAUGUUAUAUGCCUGUAAUAAUAUCUUUGAUACCCUACUUUUCUGCUCUUGUUAUCGUUGAUCUGUCUUAUUUUUCCCAUUUAGUCAACAUUUUGCUUCUGCUAUUAGCUUAUAAUCUUUGGUAUCCAUGCUUCAGGAGUUGAAUUUGAUAGUUUUUACUUUUUAAUGCCAUUAAUCAUUUGUAUGGGUGAGGCCCAAAAAGGAAGAAAGUAUGAUUGGGCCA